GGAGUCUCUUUUCACACAGAAAAGGCUUCUAAAUGAAAGUGAAAAUAAGAAGAUCGGACACAAGAGUGUAACACCAACAUUAGAAGAUGUGUACUAGCGCCCUCUACCGUAUAACAAUGAAAACACGGAUUCUAGGAGCACGACUAUAGCUCAAAUAUUUGUAAACUUUUUAUGCCAAAACCCUCUGAUGUGAUGAUAACCACGCCAGUAUACCAGCAACAGCAGUAUGAAGUCUCCAAGUUCCUCAAGACCAAGCCGAUGGCUCUGGGGAUUUUGGAAAUACUGAUAACCUUAUUGGCACUCGGUUUGACGGUGCAUAAUGAGAGUUUUUAUGCUUUCUGGUCACCAAUCAUUUCCUUUAUAAUUGGAGCCAUAACAGUCUUGGCUGCUUACAAACGUAAACCACAUCUGGUCAAUAUCUCACAAAUGCUCAGCUAUGUAAAUUUUGCAAUAGCUGCUUUCUCCCUCCACUCUCACAUUCUGUAUGUUUUGAUCUUUCCGGAUGUGACAUACUAUGUCCUUAUCGCCUGUGAUAUCCUGAUCUUCAUCUUCUCUCUUGCUAUUGCUGUAACCUCCUGUUCCUGUUGCUGCAAUCCAAAGUCAACCCCUGUCAUGGUCAGUUAUGUGACCACAGAUAUGCCUGUCAACCGCUUCAUGCUAAUAGGUCAGCAGGACCCCUCUGCAGUGGUUCAGUCCGUUAAUUCAGUCCUGUACAUGCAGCCAGCAGCACAUGGCUUAGUCACACUUGCUCCUCUGCCAAAUUAUGGUUUUGUCCCCAAUGCAUCUCCACCAAUCUACAGUCCAGUGCCAACUACACCUCCACCCAGUUACGACAAACUCCCAGAUGCACCUCCACCAAACUUUGGUCCAGCUGCAAGUGCACCUCCACCAGCAUAUGAGUAUGAAGAUUUACAGACCAGAAGAUGAACUAGAUCUCAGACACAAAAGGGAAUGUUUGAAGUUAUGGUGUUGGAUUAUGGCGAAUGGAAAACCCAAAAUUAUAUUUAAGUUUGUAAAUCAAAUGAAUGGGAAACAUACAUCAGAGGACGAGAAACACAUUUCAUUAAGUUUCAUUCGCCCAAAUGUUUAAUGUACCAUUUGAUAUGAUUUUACUAAAUACAUUGUUGUUGUUGUUGUAUUUUAUUUAAGUGCAGUUUUUUGCACAUUAGACAGCACAAUGGAAUUUUUACUUGAUUGAUUCAAACCAGCUUUU